UCUCCACAUCAGUUCAGAGUUGUGUCUCCUACAAGAUCCAAGAGUGUCGCCCUGAUUUGCAUUCGCCAACUUUUCGCCAGACCCUAAACAGAUUCAGCCAUCUAUACAGAGUCGAUCCAUUCCGUACGGAUAUUUGGUUUUUUGUUCUCUCUUUUCCGCAAACAACAACAACAAAACUGUCUACGUCGUCAGAUUCCGCCUAUCGAGCCAGACCAGACUGCCAUCAUGAAAAGCGGGAUACAAUAUCAAAUCAAAGUCAUCAUCAUCGGAGCCCGUCAAGUCGGGAAAUCAGCCUUAACGGUUCGCUACUUGACACGGCGUUACAUCGGAGAAUACAAAUCCCACACAGACCUAUCGUAUCGUCAAGUCUUCUGCAUAGAUGGAUCCAGCAUUGAAGUGGAGAUCGUUGAUGUCUCCAAUCAUCCGGAGGAUACGAGUGUGCCGGUAACGCGGGCCAAAAACAGCGACGCCUGCGUCGUUGUCUAUUCGAUAUCCGACAGGACGAGCUUCAAAGCUGCCCACGAAGCUCUCGCCGCCCUCCAGGCCAGCAGUCAGCGAAAAUCUUUCGAAGACGAUAACAAAGAAGAGCAAGAAAUCAAUCCAGCGCCCUUAUCCGUACCUGUCGUUCUGCUGGCCAAUAAGAAGGAUCUAGGACAUCUGAGACAGGUGGAGGCGGAUGAAGGACGCGAGUUGGCCAAACAGUUCUCCUGCGUCUUCUGCGAAGUCUCAGCCGCAGAUCCGGCAGAGAGCGAGCCCGAAGAUUUGGCCGGAAUCUUCAACCAGUUGAUCAAGGAAGCGCGCAGCUUCAAAAUCCGUCAACAGGACACCAACAACAACGCCAAUAACAACAACAACGGCAGCAGCAGCAACAACAACCGACAGAGGAAGCGGUCCGUUUACAUCAUCAAUCGAAUGCUCGGCUCGCUCAUGGGCCGCAAUUCCAUGCCACCGGAAUUACCUUCGUCCCGCAAAGGAGGAACCUCCCAAAUGGCCUCGUCCAUGCCCAACGUGGCGGGAUCUUUCCGGUCUGUCUUCAAAAAGCGAUCCGUAUAAAAAUAUAACACUUCACUUCCGCCAUGCCCACGAGAUUGUGUCAAGAGAUUCCCCGUAUAAACACACACACGCAAAAAAAUACUCUCUUUACCUGAUGUCUAUAUCACGAACGAAAAAAAAAAAUUAUCUUGAUUAUUAUUUAUUUUGAAUUUGGAUCUAAAUGAAAUUUGUUAUGGCCCCUCGCCAUAAAAAGAAUGGACCCCCUUCUUGUGAAGGGGAUAAAUGUUUUAUUUCUAUAAACAAAAUUCUAUUAAAUUAACUCUCGAUGCGGUGUUCUAAAUGCUUUGUAAAAAAAGGGAAAAUGUAUAAAAGUUUUGAUGACCCGCCAAUCAUCAAAACCCUUUAUUUGAUCAAACAACGGCUCAGAAUUUGUAUGUGCACAUGUGAUAAUACCGGUUGUUAUGUUUGUCACAGUUAUUGGCCCAUCGAUUGCGAUUUUGUGUGCGUGAAAUUCCCCCCGUUUCUUCACUGUGAUGAUUAAAAGAGAAAAAAAGAAUUUGAAUAUGGAAUGGAAAACGGAAUGGAAAAUAUGCCGACGACGAUGAUGUUUCAAUCGCGCAAUCUGUCUAGAACAUUUCGUACCGUCAAUGAGGAUGUUUCUUGUCGUCGCCUUGGGCGCACUUCCAGAAAGUGAACGUGUCCCACUUUUUAAUGGAAUAUAAAACUAAAAGUAUCUUCAAUAAACAUGAAAACAAAAACGAACAAAAACUAAAAACAAACGGUGAAACCGUCACUUUUUUUCGGGCGAAAGGCGCGAGGCGAUUUAUGGCGUCCGUUGCGACUUGCGAGUGAGUAAUGAUUCAGCAGCAAUAACAACAGCACCGUGUGUGUUUGCAUUCGCCAAAAGGAUUUGCGAAUACAUUUACAGCUCCUUUUUCAUUGAACAUGUCCACAUCAAAACAAAGAGGGGGGAAAAUAGCCAGACGCUUGUCCAAAAAUACCAAAGCUCGGCGCUAUGGAAAUCGAGGAAAUCGGCGACGGAGAAUAGGCCGUUAAAACUAAUCGUGCAGAGAUGCUCAGCGUGAAAUCCCGCCGCCGCUCUCUCUCUCUGUCUCUGGUAAGGAGUUGGUAAAUAUGGUAAUCGAGAGACAAGGACACGACCACUUCCUGGAUAGUAGUGGCUUAUGGUUAUUUUGUAAAAAAAGCCUGAAUUUCGAUAAGGAAAACCCAGUGCUUGCAUUGCAUCGUCAUUCUUUUGUUGUUGGUACUCUUGACGCCAAGUUUGGAGGUGCGGCUGGCGCGCCGUUAUAACGAGAUGCAACUUGCCUUCAUCGUCUAGUCAGAACAACACAGAAAGAAAAAAAAAAGGGAGAGAGUCGAAGAGAGUUGAAAGUAGUGUGCACCACAGUGCCGGAUGGACAACAACAACACGACGGACGGACAAAGAAAAGCAACGGCCAACCGAGACUCAAACGCAAAGACAAAAAUGCGACUGGACGAGAAAAUCACAAGUGUCGCAUUCGGUCGAUCUACUAAAAUCGAUUCGGAUAAAAACGCUCCCAGGAUAAGGAUCUGCGUGCUAGGAUUCGCGGCGGUCGGGAAAACGGCUGUGGUGGUUCGUUACUUGACCAAUCGUUUCAUAGGAGAGUACUGCUCAGGAAAAGAUUUGCUCUACAAAAAAACUAUUAAAAUCGAUGGAUUCCCUUCGCAGAUCGAAAUAGCUGACACAUCCAAUAAAUCGGCGGAUUUAUCUUUCCCCUCGGUUCACGUUUCGUGGGCGGACGCCUGCAUCAUAGUUUAUUCCAUCGAAAGUAGCGCAAGCUUCGAAGCCGCCGCUACAAUGCUCGAGAAAAUACAGAGUAUCAAGAUGCCAUUUUACCAUCCCGUCCUUCUGUUGGCAAACCAAAAAGAUCUGGAGCAUCUUCGCCAGGUUCGCGUCGAAGACGGCCAAGCGCUGGCAUUACAAAAUAACUGCCACUUUGCUGAACUUUCGGCAGCUGAAGACCUAGACGGAGUGGAGCUGACGAUGACCGCUUUGUUUCGCGAUGUGCGGACACUCAAGUCGCAACGGACUGCCGUUCGUCAGAAAAAGCCUUCGCUAAUGCACGUCACCAAGUUAUUUAGUUCUUUGAUUGGGCGUUCCUCUAGCUCUUCUUCGUUCAACGAAACGGACGCGGAAAAACCGAAACUUAAAAGCAGUUCAACUGCGUCGUCACUUCACACGGGCGACGAAUGCGAAAUCAAAGUGAACACGCCAACAGAAAAGGAGGUCAAAUCAAAUAAAGGAAUAAAAAAACGUCCUUCUUUCUCUCUAUGAUCCCCGCUGUAAUCUACCUCCUCAAUCAGCGACCAGUCCGAGCAGGCGGCUAAGUCCCCUGCAUCGGAGUGAUUACUAAUGCAUUCCUUUUCAAUCGUGCUCUAACGAGGUGAUCUCUUUUAUACCGGAUGUAUAUUUUUGUUUACACAGCCUUAUUGGAGCAGUGCCAAAAGUGUAGCCCUCCACCUCAUUACAUUUUCAAGCCAAUGACAAUAUUGAAUAUAGUUCUAAUAAACAAAAACAAAUCUACACUGCGAGCUACUAUUCAAGCAAGUUUUUCUGACCUUAUUGGAGGAACUUUGCAUGGUGAGUAAAAUGAUCUUCAAGGUAGGUUGCAAUGAAGUAGUAGCUAUGGUCGUAUCCAGCCUGCUUCCGUAGAAUGAUUGGCACGCCGGCUUUAGCACAAGAUUCGACCAAGUUGUCGGGAAGCAGUUGCCCGUCCUUGAGAAAUUGGUCUUCUUCAC